AUGACCCUCAGCAAGAAGAAGAAAAUAACAGCAUCCCAAAAGGAGAGGACAACUCUUCUACUUGGGAGGAAGUACAAGAGUCCAGCAAUAUACACAUCAAUCAGCAUAAGCACAACACUCCUUACAGAGCUGUUACAUACUGCUAUCAUUGCCAACGCUAAUCAACAAAUUACUAUUAAGAUGCUUUAUGGUGUUACUGGGAAGAAUCUCUUUAUUACCUCUAUUUAUGCAAAAUGUACUGCUUUUGAAAGAAAAGAUAUUUGGCUCAGUUUGGAGAAUGUUUAUCCUCAGGUUGAUGGACCUUGGUGUCUUGGUGGUGAUUUUAAUGUCAUACUUGAUCCUAUGGAUAAGCUUGGUGGAAAACCUCAUAGAAUGUAUAAGAGUAUGGAUUUCAACAGCUGCAUAGACAAUUGUGAGCUUAUUGAUUUGGGUAUGUGGGGCCAAGGUUCACUUUGUAUAGUGGAAGACACUUGGAAUGUUCAGAUUUCUAGAAACCCCAUGUGGAUACUUUUGCAAAAACUCAAAAUACUCAGUAAAAAGCUCAGUCAAUGGUCCAGAGAAGUUAUUGGCAAUGUUUAUGAUAAAGUCAAUGUAUGGGAAGCCAAGAUGCAAGACCUGGAAAACAUGGAUAGCUCUCUUAACACUGAGAAAACUAGAGAAGAGCUUAACAAGGGCAAUGCUGAAUAUAUUAGAUGGUUGGAUAUGCAAGACAAACUUCUUAAGAAAAAAGCUCAUAUCAAAUGGACCGAUGAUGGAGAUAGAAACAACAAAUACUUUUAUUGCUUGAUCAGAGAUAGAACAAGAAGGCUUCAACUGCACAGAAUAAAAAAAAGAAAUGGCAGUUGGGUUCAAGGAGAUGAGGGUAUUUCCAAGGCUGCCAUAGAUCAUUUUGAACAUAUGUUCAAUCUCAACCACAAUUUUACUGAUCACAACAUCCUUAAUGUGAUCCCUGAAUGUAUCAAUCAUAAUGAAAAUGUUUCUCUCACUACCAUUCCUGAUUUAGAGGAGAAUGUUACACCCUAUAUCUUAGAACUAAUGUUAGACUCGUAUCGUUAG